UUCUGACGAAGAACGAAUGACGAGCUACUGGACCUAUAUAUGUUCUCAACUCCUGAUCGUGAAGUGCGGACUGCAGACUUGUCAGUCAAAGUCUUUAGUGUGAUCAGUCAUUUCACAAACCAUGUUACUGACAUUUUUGUUUAUUUGCAGGACACUGAGCUCACUGGGACUCCAGGGAACAUUACCACUGCUGGACGGCCUUACGGAGCUUAGACAACUGGUGCUUGAUGGCAACGCGUUCUAUGGACCAAUUCCUGACCGAUAUGGAUCUUAUUCACACCUUGAAUCACUGAGUUUGAGGUCUAAUUCGCUUAGCGGUCCACUCCCGCAAGAACUUGGAGCCCUUAUGAAUUUGACUGGCUUGUAAGUGGCAUGCUGCUUUUGAGAAUGGUGCUUGCUUUCCUAGUUCUUCAGGCAUAGUAAAUCGAAUGGCCAUGC